ACCUGGCGUUGAUCCAAUGGACGUUCUUGGAGAAAAUGAGGCACUACAGCAGUUUUUUAAUGGACAGGAUGUGAGUGGUGUAUUAGAGAAUGCCAUGGUAGACACCAGUAUUCUGGAGCAGUAUUUGAGCAAUGAGACAGAUCCCACUUUCAUGUUACCUGAGUCACCGCCAGAUUCAGGAUCAGAGCGUAGUUCUCCACCACAAAUACCAGAUUCAAGAUGGUCUCCUGAACAAAGCCACCAGGACAUGUAUAGCUUAUCAGAAGACACCUUCCCUCUAUCUUGUCCCUUCAAAGACAGGAAACAAGAGAGCUGUGGUGGUGCAGGACUCAUGUAUGAUGUUGGCAGACCCCUUGGGAAGCACGUCAAAGCCGUUUCAUCUGCCUUGCUCCCUCAGUACAGUCUCAACACAUCUGAGAGUUACAUACAGGCAACCACGUCCCAUAAUGCACCUAUCCAUAGUGUAACACAGUACACUCAGUGCCCACCAAUGAGUCUUCCGCCAGGACAUAUGCCAGCUAAUGCUGCUGCGGCCUCCUCAUGUGUGCCCCAUACUAUGUCCCCAAAGACUAUGUACCCUUAUAUGAACCAAAAACAUGACCAACAUGUAGGAAAUAUUUCACACGAAAAUAAGAAAAGAAGAAGGUCAAACUCUUUUGAGGGGCACACAGAGCAGCGCAGGGGUGCCAACCCAGUUUGGACCAAACCACCAUUCUGUCCAGAAAGUGGAUCAUACGAAGCACAGUGUUAUGACAGUGACACCGCUGGUGGAAGUCCAGGGGGCAGUGUGCACCAGCUGCUCACGUGGGACCGUUAUCAGCCCAGUCAGUGGUGCUCACUCCACAACAGCAGAUCUGAAAUCCUACCACCUCCAGGUUAUCAUGUGGACACUGAUAAGGGUUUCAGCUACUCCACAGCUGAUGAAGCCUUUGUGUGUCAGAAGAAGAACCACUUCCAGGUGACAGUUCACAUAGUGAUGGUUGGAGAACCUAGAUUUGUUAGAACGUCAGCUGGUCUCAUGCCCAUAGAGAGCUUCCACGUGAAUGUGUUUGGGGUGAAGCUGGAAGCACAGAACCAUUUCAUCACCAUAGAGCAGUCUCAGUCAAACCGCAGCAAGAAGCCUUUCCUACUGGUCAGAGUAAAUCUGCCAGGAGACAAAAUCACAAAGGUGACAUUAGGACGCUUACACUUCAGUGAAACCACAGCGAAUAACAUGAGAAAAAAGGGCAAACCCAAUCCUGAUCAGAGGUACUUUAAGAUGGUGGUUGGUCUGUAUGCUACUGUGAACGAUGAAAGUUUUCUGCUGGUUGCUAAUGUUUCUGAAAAAAUCAUCGUCAGGGCCUCCAAUCCUGGUCAGUUUGAGAAUGAUAGUGACAUGCUCUGGCAAAAAGGACCGAUCCCUGAGUCUGUGGUGUGUCACGGGAGGAUCGGCAUUAACACAGACAGCCCUGAUGAGGCUUUGGUGGUUUGUGGGAAUGUCAAGAUAAUGGGCAAUGUCACGCAUCCCUCAGACAAAAGGGCCAAACAAAACAUUCAGGAAGUGGACUCAACGGAGCAGCUCAAGCGGAUCGCUCAGAUGAGAAUUGUGGAAUAUGAUUACAAACCAGAGUUUGCCUCAAGGAUGGGAAUUGAGCAACGUCAUGAAACGGGAAUCAUAGCGCAGGAAGUCAGAGAACUCCUGCCUUUGGCCGUAAGGGAGAUGGGCGAUAUUACUUGCGUAAACGGGGAGAAAAUUGAUAAUUUUCUCAUGGUGGACAAAGAGCAGAUAUUUAUGGAGAAUGUGGGUGCUGUGAAGCAGCUGUGUAAACUCACAGAUAACCUUGAGACUCGUAUUCAGGAGCUUGAGGUCUGGAACACUCGCUUGGCCAAACUGAAGAGGCUGGGUAGCAUGCGUUCCAUCAGCGGCACUUCUGCUAAAGGUAAAAUCAACAAAAACAACACACUCCAUUCAAAACUUCCACCAUCAACGCAACCGCCACUGCAGUCUAGCACAAACUACUUCUGUGGGAGAUAUCACAACUGUCUUCAACACAGAGUAUUCCAAGCUAGUAUCAUCAUGCUAGUAACAACCAUGGCUCUUUGUCAUGUGUUUCCUGCUGUCCCCAGUAAAUCCAGAGCUGUUGAAAAAGCUCUGGUGUUUUCCACCGCCUCUCCUGUUCCCUGGCCUCCAGACAUUGAUGUCUCCAAUGUGUUUUAUUCAGAUGAGGUCUACUGCUGUCCUUUAACUUUAAUUCAUAAUCACAACACCCAAAUGACAGACACAAAUGUCCCCUUUGAUGCCCUGUCACAUGUAAUCACCAAUCUGAGAAAAACACAGAAAGGGUGGUUAGAAAAUCUGCCGGAGAAACUGAAAAAUUCUACUGACUGGACAAACACAACUAUACAGUCCAUCCUCAUAACACAGAAUCAACAAGUUAUAGAUCAGCAGUACUGUCAGUGGGCGAAUUGUGGGAAACGAAACUACACCUACCUCAUUCCCCUCAGUAAACACAUCCCACCCAACAUGCCCCUAACCCUCCAAAUGAACACAACUGAGUUGUUGGUGAUUCACCUGUGUUCACAUGAUGAGAGUGAGCAGUGCUAUUCAGUGCUCGACUACAAUGGCCCAGAGUCAAACACUGCUCUCAACACACAGGGCUACAUACAUAAAUGGACACUGGCAGUGGCAAAUCACUAUCGUGCCUCUUACCAUUUCCGCUCUUCUGUUGCUGGUUUGGCUGAUUGUAACACCGAUCUGAACUAUGCAGAAAUUUUAUUUACUGACUACCACUUCCAGUUCUUCCGUCACUGUGACUGAUCAACACCCUUCAAAAGCAACAUCAAGUGAUUUGUCUGCAUUUGUUGGUGGUAGAACUGCAGGUUGUAAAUUAUAUUCAGAGUCUUUUCAAGUCUUUCAUUUGCAGAUCUUGCAUUGUUGCUGAAAAAAAACAUUUGGAAUAUGUUUGAUGUUAGUUUAUUCUUAUUUUUUCGUUUUGAAAUCAAAAGGAAACACGUGAACUCCAAAGAAAAUAGUAAAGUAGUUCUUCAAAUAUGAUUUGACAUGUAUACUGUAUGUUUCAACAAUAAAGAGAUGAUUGUUGUUUUGUACUGAAGUACACAAUCGGGUAAUCUUUUACUCUGAUACUCAUACACACUGUGUUCCUGUAUUGAACUGAGCACAUUACGUAAACCUGUGUGCAAUUAUGUUGACCAAAUGAUUUUUGACCAAAUAUUUGAU